AAAAAAAUCUAUCAACAGCAAAGAAAGAAAAGAGCUUCACAACCACAGAGACAUCGACUGUCAUAUCAUAGCACGUGUCAUUAUAAUUGAAUCGAUACAAAACGGACGCCAAAUCAUUACACAAUAUGCGGACGAAGUCUCCGGAGAAAAGAGGUCGGCAAAAAACCUCGGUGCAACAAACUUAUAGGGUUGAGGCCGAAAGGAACCCGGAAACCACACCGCAAUAUUUUCAGAUAUCAGUGAAUGUUUUGGAAGCCCGCAAACUAACAUGGCUGAAUCCAAAUUCUGCAAAUUCUUACGUCAUCGUCGUCCUUGGAAAGAAAAAGCACAGGACGACCAUCAGGCGCAAUAUGGAAGAACCGUAUUACAGAGAGUACUUCAUGUUCGAGUUGUACGUGAGCAUCAGAGACAUACAGCGGUCGAGUAUCUGGCUGGCUGUGAUGGAACCCAGGUGUUGCGCCCCUCCUCGACUCAUGGGGGAAGCCAGCAUCGACCUCGGAGCUAUAUGGUCACAACCACAUCAUCAAGUAUUCCAUAAAUGGGCACAACUGAGCUUGCCCCGGAACCCGUCUGCUGGAGCCGUGGGUUUCCUGAAGGUGGAUAUAUCCAUCGUUUUUCGGGGAGAUAUUCAAGUAAUGCCUGUUGUUGUACACGAGGACAGAGUAGAAGACAAUCUUUUGUUACCGACUGGUGCUGAACAACAACCGGCGAAUUACAUCAUCACCGUAUACGGAGCGUUUGGUCUGCCAAACGGGGCGCAUGGUCAGGGAGAUCGACGUUUUGGAAAAUUACCGAGUACUUUCGUCAGGGUGUCUUUUUGCGGCCUUUCGGCAAAAACUGCAGUUCAAGCUCGUAACAAUCACCCAGUCUAUUGUGAGCAGAUAUCCAUUGUGGAGAUGUUCCCGACAAUGAGUGAGAUGAUUCGGCUGGAGGUGUGUUCUGGAGACGGCUGCUUCAACAGAGUGCUGGGCAGCGCUCAUUUGAAGCUUGGCCAGGUGUCACAUGAUGGAGAAAAUGGUUUUCUACCAACAUUCGGGCCUUCUCUUCUUCACAUGUAUGGAGCUACGACCUCUGGUACAUUGGCAGCCUCGGGAGAUGAUGGUCCCUAUCACCGAGGAGCGAUGCUUGUGUCUUUGAGGACGCUUGUGCCUUACUACCAGCAGGGCCUUCGCAGCACCAGCGUCGAACCAGUAUCGCCUUUGCAGCCGGAAAAUUUAUGGCUCAUGGAAGACUUCUGCAUGUUCUGCCCGAUUCUGGAAGUCUCCAUGCUGGAUCGACGCGUUUCUGGAAAACUUUGUGGCAUUGCUAUCACUGUAGGAGAGCUACCUACCGAUGAUCAAGGAGAUGAGGAGUUUGUUGCUAUGAUGUCUGAGAUAAAACAACGGAAACUAUACUACACUGGUUCAAUGGAUGUGUUGAAAACUCGUCCAGUACAUGGCUACCUUGACUUCGAGAACACGUUCCCCGUUCUUCAGCUGGCCAUGAGAUUACCAGACUUCAGAUUUAGGAUGUACAGAAACAAUAUGGUUCACGGCAUCGUUACUGAUUUGGAACAAGCACUAACAGAAGUGGAGCGUCGUCUCAAAAACUCUGAGUUUGAUUCGUUAAGAGAGCUAACUGAGGAUCUCAGUAAGGCGGUAGAUGAUGCUGCUGGCAAUAUCCUGAAGUUUCUGGACAUUAUACAGUACUCCGGCCCUGGUAGUAGUACCGAUAACACUAUGAUGAAGUACAGCACUGAACUAGAUAAUAAGCAGCUGGCUUUGCAGAAGGAAGAAAUUGAAAAAAUCUACCAGCAAAUAACUAAAAGAACACAGAGGGGUUCUUCAUUGAGCUUCAUACAAAGCCUGUCUAGGACGGAUUCUAUCAAUAGCACAAAGAGAGACGUCAAGUUUAUGUUGGCGGAUGUUAGACAAAUUGCUGAGAAUCUGAAAGGUUUAAUUUACAAGACGUCAGAAGGGUGGCCUGAUAUAGUAGUGUGGCUUCUUAACGGCGGAUCAAGAGUAGCCUUCUAUAAGAUGUCAAUAGCUGAUAUAGUAUACUCUGUGAUCCCUGAACAGAAUGGCAGCCAUUGUGGACGGAUACAAAACAUUUACUUGAGGCCAUUAAAAUGUCCGAAGCAUAUGAACACGAUGGCUACGGGGUGUUGCUGCAUCGCUGGCAAGGUGGAACUCAUCUUAUGGAUGGGCUUGUACCGACAAAUCCAUGCAUUCGAGGGCUGCCUACCGAAAGGCUACAAGCUAAAAGUUAAAGACUUUGAUAUGUGCCUCAAAACUUCCACAAUGAUGCUGGAAUGCCGUGUUUUCGUAUAUAGAGCAAAAUUGAAUACAAGUGUAGAUAGAAAUAACCAUGCACACCCCUUUGUUAGGAUAAAUACUUUAAAUUCCGUUAAAGAAACUAAGGUCCAGCAGAAGACUCUUACGCCAAUUUGGAAUCAAGUGUUGAAGAUACAUAAGCUUGUAUCUGCAACCCACGAUAGAAUACAAAACAGUCCGCCAUUAGUGAUGGUUGAGGUACUUGACAGCGAUCAGUUGCCUGUGGUGGAUGAAAGGCAAGACUACCUGUAUGCUCCCAAAUUGCAGUGGUAUGAUCUCUUUAAGGGAGCGGAGUACAGCGGCCAAAUCCUGAUGUCGGUGCAGCUUUGCCAGAUCCCAGAAACAUUAAUGAAAAAUACAGUGUAUAGUCCAGUUGAAGAAACAUAUGUGGCUACUGCAGUCAAGAUACCAGAAACAGAGAGUGAUGAACCAGAACCCUUACCACCUAAUCUGAUUCCUAAGGCUACCACAUACAAAGUAGACAUCUAUUGGUGGGGCUUACGUGACGUCACAACUACAAGGAAACCGUGUGUUGUUCUUGAAAUAGAUGAACUGACGAUAAAGUCUGAUGUUGUGUGUGACAAGAAGUCCAACUGCAAUUUUCCCAAUGGACGGUCCUCACAGACUUUUCAAGCUCCUUUGAACGAGGUGUACUGUCCACCAUUGAGCAUUAGAUUAUAUGACAGUAUAAGUCAAAUACUUUACAUAAAGAAAAAUUCUUUACCUUCGUCUGUGGAUUUGGGCAGUAAGUUGUCAUUGCAAAGUAUCCACGAAACAAAGAGAUCUCGAUGGAAACGAGUAUUUUGUAGCAAAGAAGUAGACGAAGAAGAAUACGUUCUCCUGCCAAUGUUUUCGAAAGAAAAUAACCAGUCGAAAUUACUAAAGAAUAUUUCUUCUGAAAGUCCUGAGCAUAAGGAUUGGUGGAUGAGAUAUUACGCUACGAUGGAGGACAAUAUGGAUGACACACAAACAACUGAUAAAAUUGUUAUGUACGGAGGAGAGUUAGAGGCUCAGCCGGAGUUUGGCAAGUUCAAGGACUGGUGUACAACCCUAAAGCUUUACAACGGCAAAAAGACGGGUAUACCUGAGAAGGAUGAUCAGUUGUACUGCGGAUUCUUGAAAGCCGGUAUCGCCAUUUAUAGGUGGCCACCACCCCCCGAGACAGUCGCAGUCAGUUACAAUGGAGUUGAUUUAAGCAACGGAAUGUAUGAAUUUCGAUGCACCUUACCUGAUGACUACCUGCUGACUGUAUCCCUAUAUGACUACGAUGCUGUACCACCAGAUGAGCUGAUAGGUUCUACUACCAUUGACUUAGAAGACAGGAUAUACUCCAAACACCGCGCUAGGGUUGGCUUAUCUUCUGAAUAUAAUGUGAUUGGACCGAAUAAAUGGCGAGACUGUCAAAAGCCCUCUGUAAUACUUGAAGAUCUUUGUGCAAAGAACCAUUUGGCUCCUCCGAUCUUUCCUGACAACGCCACAGUGGUCGUCAACGGUGUAGAGUACAGAGACAAUGAUAAUGGGAGAACCUUUCGAACAGCAUCAGAUCGCAGAGAGAACAUUUGUCUAAGUUUAUUGCACAGUUGGCACACACUGCCCAUUUGUGGAUAUCGAUUAGUGCCCGAACAUGUGGAAUGUCGGUCUCUGAUAAACUCAGCUAAAAAUGGACUAGAACAGGGUAAACUGCAAAUGUGGGUUGACAUUUUUCCUCUAGACGCGGACAUGUAUAUACCACCGGGUGUGGACAUCACUCCUCGUAAACUGGAGGAGUAUGAACUUCGCGUCAUUAUAUGGGACGUGCAGGGACUUAGGCUGGAUGAUCACGGGAAAAAAGUAUCGGAUAUCUACGUUAGAGCCUGGAUAGAUACCAUAGAACAGGCUCAGUACACUGAUGUUCACUACAGCAGUUCAUCAGGAGAAGGAAGUUUCAACUGGCGUAUGAUAUUUCAUUUCCAGUAUCACCACGCGGAGAAAAAGUUGGUGAGGAAAGAGAAGGGGCCGUUUACAGAAGUAGAGGAGCACAUGACACCAAUAUUUGUAGUACAAGUUUUAGACAGUGACGCUUUAUCACAAGACGAUUUCUUGGCAUCAGUAUCCUUCAAUUUGAACUCAAUGUCGAAGGGCAUGAAGCAACCUAACAAGUGCAUAAUGGAGGAAUGGGACAAAAAUAAAAAGAUUAAUUUGUUUACGGCCACAACAGUCCGAGGAUGGUGGCCUCUAGUGUAUACCAAUCGUAACACUGGCAUGACUAUAGCCGCUGGAUCGAUAGACUUAGAACUGACUUUGUUGCCGAGGGAUAGAGCAGUGUUGAUGCCGGUGGGACUUGGAAGGGAGCCGCCAGCACCAUUACCGGAGCCAACACGAUCGGAAUCGUCAGGACGUCCACUGGAAUUCGUGAAAAGUUUGAAGUUUGGUAAUUGGAAAAAAGAACAUAAAGUAGCUGCGGGUACUGCGGCUGCUAUCACCUUCAUCGCAGUUUUGGGCUACCUACAAGUACCAAUGCUGUUAUUUGACUUAAUGACAUAAGUUGCUUCGAGUCGUCGUGGUAUCUUCUCAAACGUGUGCAGGAAACCUACACAAGCCUCUUUUGUUCACAAUAUUUAGUAUGAAAAAGUUUUGUAAGCAAUAUACAUAAGUUUCAAGAUAUAAAUAGGUACAAUUUUACAAUAAUAUUUAGAAGUCCGUUUAAUUGUAAAACCAAAAUGUUUUAAACAUAUUUUUUUAGCUUGUUUUACUGAAAUAAAUACUUAGUUGCCACUAAGUGGUUUAUUUAAUCUUUACAUUAAGAUUUUCAUUUUCGUUCAGUUAUGUAGGAUAGUCAGGCAAUCGUACAUACAUUUAGAGCUUUUUGUUACAUGGUUACGAAGGUCGUAUUAGCGCUCCCAACGUUUGCCUCAAAAACAAUGCAUUCUCUCUCGUAAUUAGCCGCGUGCUGACUGAGCGAGCAGCCUCGCGAGGCAAAUGCUCGGCCAGUCCAACAGGUACUUGAAAUUGUUUGUUAAACCCUACCACCAACUGAACAAAGGUUUCUGUACAUUCAUCAACGCAACCCAAUUGAAUUUCUUCACCAAAUAGCCAAAGUGCGUUGAUUUCCUUUUUAAUCUUCAUUUCAUACAUAUUAAAGUGCAAAUUCAUUCAUCCUCACACCGACUGGCUUUAUAUUUGAAUACCGUAAAUACCAGUCAGUUCAAACAUAACAUCACGCCUUUUAUCCCCGAAGGGGUAGGCAGAGGUGUACAUUAUGUUACAGGUGUACAGUU